AUGCCUGCGGACGCUAACAUAACCUAUCUUCAGUUCGAAAACUUGCAAAUUUCAAAGAACACGACAACGGCUCACGCAGAAAAGCCUCUGAAAGCAGUCAUCGAGAAGACUCAUAACGAGAAAGAAGAAGAACCACUGCUCCGUGAUAAUCCGAAUCGUUUUGUGAUAUUCCCAAUCAAUUACCAUGAUAUUUGGGAUUUCUAUAAGCGUGCCGUUGCUUCCUUCUGGACUGUUGAGGAGGUGGAUCGUUUCGCUCAAGAAGUUCAAGUUCCUGAGGCUCGUUUCUUCUAUGGAUUCCAAGUGAUGAUGGAGAAUAUUCACUCGGAGAUGUAUGCGAAGAUGAUUGAGACGUACAUUAGAGAUGAUGCUGAAAGGAAGAUACUGUUCAACGCAAUCCAUGAGUUUGAGUUCAUCAAAAAGAAGGCUGAUUGGGCGUUGAGGUGGAUUGCCGAUACAGAGGCACCUUAUGCGGAACGAGUGAUCGCAUUUGCAGCAGUUGAAGGAAUAUUCUUUUCGGGCAGUUUUGCAGCUAUUUUCUGGUUGAAGAAACGUGGUUUGAUGCAAGGAUUGACGCAAAGCAACGAGUUGAUUUCAAGAGAUGAGGGUCUUCAUCGUGAUUUUGCGUGUCUCAUGUUCAGUCAUUUGAGAAAUAAACCAAGCCAAGAGCGCAUCUAUCAGAUUAUUCGUGAAGCCGUUGUAAUCGAACAGGUGAAUAGUCACAUCGACUAUUUUAUCGACUAUUUUAGCAUAUUUCGUGGGAUGCUUCUUUUGAAAAUGAUUUUUCACAUUGAACAUGCUGCUUUUAUGACAACUUAUUUCAUGUUUUUUUGGCACACACUCCUUGCACUCUACUACAUAUUUGUCCUUUUCCUCCCUCUUGAAAAUCACAUACUCAGUCAAACUUUUCCAAGGGCCAGGUGUUGA